GAAAUGUCUAAACGCACCUUUACAAUUUGUAUUAAGUUAGUUUUGAUUAAGUUAGCCAAUUGGUUAUGUUUUUAACAUAAAAAAUCGUGCUUUUUCUUUUCGAACUUGUGUUAUUUUUUCUUUUCUCCAGAUUUGGUUUUUUCUUUCUAUGUAAUUACAUAUAUAUAUAUAUAUAUAUAUAUAUAUAUAUAUAUAUAUAUAUAUAUAUUUCUAUUCUCACAUUACAACUGCAAAUAUUAUUGAAACUAUUUAAAAAGUUAGAUGAUUUGGCGAAUGCCAUGAAAUUACGACCGGGAUCGUAAACGGUUUGUAUAAAUAUGAAAAAGUUUGCUCACUAAAUUCCCACCUUGAAUAGUACCUCUUUGCUCAUUUCGUUGACCACGUGAAAACCCAGGGAUAGGUUAUUGUUUCAAACAAUAAAAAUGGGGAAAAGCAAGUUAUUGAAGAAAGGCGAAUCUAAAGCUUUGACAAUAUCACAUCCUAACAGCAGAAAAGCAAAGGCAUUAUCAAAACAAAUAAUAAAGAAUUCAACUCGACAAAAAACUAAGAUGGAGUAUGCUAUUAAAAGGAAUUUAUUUGGAGAAAAACUUUUAUGGUUUCAUGACAAUAUCGAGCCAGUGGAAGAGUACACAGCUUCUAUGCUGGAGAAACUUUUUCAGAAAUAUUUAUCCCGAUUUGAUGAGGAACUUGAGCAAAUAGCUAUAAAACAUUCCAUAGGACAAAGACAAAAUCGACAGCAUGCCAGCAGGGAGGAUGUAAUAAAAAUGACAAUAAAAAGAGAUUUUGAAGAAUACAAUACCUGUGGUAUUGAAAUGGUUGAUGUACUAAACAAAAAGCAGUUAAAAAUGUUCCGAGAAUGGGACGGCGAAAUGGGUUUCCUAAAUCAGUUUAACAUCAGAAGAUUUAGUAAAUCAUUUCUAAUAAAUUACAAACCACCUCAGAGCAAGAGAACAAACAAAAACAGAAGUGUAAGUGAAUGUACUGAUCAGGAAAUGCUUGUUGCUGAAGAUAACCAAACAUGUCAGCCUACGGAAAAAACCAAGGACGUUUCUGAAACAGAAGUUGCCCAGAAUGACGUUGAUCCCACAGUAGAAGUUGAAAUGGAAGGAACUUAAUUUAAAAUAGUUAAAUAUUUGAUAAAUUAUUUUAAUAAAUUAUUGUUGUUUUAUUAAUUUCUUUGUUAUCAAUUCUUAAAUAAUAACUAUAAAUUACAAGUAUAUUUAACUUGAAA